CAAGAUGGCGGUGGACUGUGGCUGGAAUUCUGCAGCUAAAACUAUCGGAGGAUUUAAAUAAAGAGGGAUAACAAAAUAUAACUAUUGUUAUCUUUCAAAGACACGUUAACACAGUGAUUGUCAGGUAACGGGGCUGAAAUGGUAGCCCAAGAAGAAGCUAUGUUUUGGAUUUAUCUUAAAUCUUCCUAAUGCAUCUUUUUCAGGGUGAAUUCGGUGAAAAAUAAUUAAGGAUUUUAGUGAUUUUUGUAGUCAUUAUUUGGGACAAACCGGGCUUAUUUGGAGGUAAUGUUGUUAAAAUGGUAGCCUCUUCCUCCGGGAACAAGAAAACCUGCUGCUUUUGUUGCGGAUCCACCGGACGGGAGGGGGUCUCUGCGGGAUUUUACACCCAGGUUUGAGGCUCUUUAUUCGGACUGAGUGGUCAUGGAAACACCGGUGGAGAACGGAGGUGUCGAUCUAAACGAAAACGGAGGGGGAUACAUUGGAGGUCAGGAAACCGGGAAGGGUCAUAUUUUGUACGUGACCGGUAACGGGAGGCAUGUAAACGGGGAGAAACCGGACACACAGAACCGGGAGAUCAUGUUGGAUCUGGAGUAUCUUCCCCCGAACAGAGGUGUGGUUUCUGGGGUCCUGAACGGAUUCACGGAGUCACUGGAGGAGCCGAGGACCGGUGAAGGAGAGGAAGGAGAGGAGGGCCAGGCUUCCUGUCUGGGGGAGAACCGGGACGAAACCCCGGGAGAAGACGCGCAUGACAUCAGAAAUCAGCCUCAAUACACCGGGAAACACCUCGUCCAGGACAGCGGUUCUUCUACCGGUUCUUCCACCGGUUCUUCCUCCCCAAACAUGCAAAACGGGGGUGUUGAUAGCGGUCAUCCUGAUGCAGAAAUCUCUCACUUUAACCUGGGUUUUUGCAACGUGGACUGUGAGGAGGAGGAGGAGGAGGAGAAGGUAGUUGCUUAUGGUGGUUUUUUGCACCACACAUGUGAUUUGCAGGAUGAAAACACUACUAAUAUUUGUAUUGAACUGGUGGCAGAGCAGGAAAACAGUGCAGGUUUGGGAGUUAGCAGCCAAAGUGAAUGCACCGGGACAUUAGGCUCUCUUUCCACAGGGGAGGAUGCACCAUCUGGGGCAGAACUUCCUCCAUCUUCCCCCUCUUUACUCCUGGAAGAGAGUGCACCAUCUGAGGCAGAACUUCCUCCACCUUCCCCCUUUUUACCCCUGGAAGAGAGUGCACCAUCUGAGGCAGAACUUCCUCCAUCUUCCCCCUCUUUAUCACAGGAGGAUUUCAGUGAGCUCAGUUUACCCGUCAGGCCGCAGAGUUUGAGGACUAACCCCAACAUGGUGGUUUCCCUCAGCUGUGAUGCAACACCUUUAUCUCCAGAUGAUGAAGAUGAGGAUGAAGGGGGGUUUUAUUUUGGAGACGAGGAGGACAUCCGGAGUGUUUUGGACUCGGGUCGCAGGCAGAGCGCCCCGGAUAAUCUGCCGAAUCUGGCCGAGCAGACGGAGAUCUCGGAAUCCAGGCUGAUGCCAAAGAGGUUCGGCAUAGCUGAGUUCUUCACCAGGAGCCUGUUUUCUAGGAAAGCCAAAGAGCCCAAGGCGGCGUCCCACAAUGCAACAGGGUGGCGUCUGUUUGGCAAACCACCAACCAGAGAGGAGGAUCCAACUUCAGACCCCGAAUCCACACCGUGCUCACAGGAGGAUGACCAGGAGUUGGACCCUUCUUGUCCUCAGCUGGCCUCGGCUGCAGGACGGAGGAAGAACCUGGAGUUUGAGCCUCUCUCCACCACAGCGCUGAUCCUGGAGGACCGGCCAGCGAACCUGCCCGCCAAAUCUCUGGAGGAAACUCAGAGACACAAGAUGGAGUAUGAUGAGAUGGUGGCAGGAGCCAAGAGGAGAGAGAUGAAGGAGGCGCAGAGGAAGAAGCGUCAGAUGAAGGAGAGACACCGCCAGGAGGACAGCAUCUCCAACGCCAUGAUCGUCUGGAACACAGAGAUCCUGCCGCACUGGGACACCAUGAAGGCGACGAGGCGGGUGAGGGAUCUGUGGUGGCAGGGUCUUCCUCCCAGCGUCAGAGGAAGAGUGUGGAGCCUCGCCAUCGGCAACGAGCUCAACAUCACACCAGAGCUGUAUGAGAUCUUCCUGUCCAGAGCCAAAGAGAAGUGGAGGAGUUACAGCGAGACGAGCUCCGUCAACGACACUGAGAGCGACGGAGCCUCUCUGGCCGACAGAGAGUCCAGUCUGGACCUCAUCAAGCUGGACAUCUCCAGAACCUUCCCCUCCCUCUUCAUCUUCCAGAAGGGGGGUCCGUACCACGACCUCCUGCACAGCGUCCUGGGGGCGUACACCUGCUACAGACCAGACAUCGGAUACGUGCAGGGAAUGUCCUUCAUCGCUGCUGUGCUGAUCCUGAACCUGGAGGAGGCCGAGGCGUUCAUCACCUUCGCCAACCUGCUCAACAAACCCUGCCAGAUGGCUUUCUUCAGAGUGGACCACGAGCUGAUGUUGAAGUAUUUCGCAGCCUUCGAGGUUUUCUUUGAGGAGAAUCUGCCUCGUCUCUUUAACCACUUCCAGAACAACAACCUGACCCCGGACCUCUAUCUGAUCGACUGGAUCUUCACCCUGUACAGUAAGUCCCUCCCCCUGGACGUGGCGUGUCGUGUCUGGGACGUGUUCUGCCGGGACGGGGAGGAGAGUUUGUUCCGGACAGGUCUGGGGAUCCUGCGUCUGUUCGAGGAGGUUCUGCUUCAGAUGGACUUCAUCCACAUCGCUCAGUUCCUCACACGGCUGCCCGAAGACCUGCAGCCACACACACUCUUCACCGCCAUGGCCAACACACACAUGGUCAGCAGGAACCGCCGCUGGGCUCAGGUGUUCGCUGCGCUGAUGAAGGACUGGAACAGAGAGACGGACAGGAACAGCAGCCCGGCUCUGAGGAGCUAACACUAGCCACCGUCAUGCUAACCAUCGUUUCUUCAAACUAACCGAGGGGCGGGAGCUGGGAACUCUGGGAGAUAAAACCCUGACGCACCUGGAGCUGAACUCUCAGACAGUUUGAGUCGUCAGGAGACGCAGGAAGUGAGAUCUGUGUCGUGGUUUAUUCCCCAAACUUCAGCCGUGAGUCAGUAUUUCAGAUUUCGGAGGAGCUUUUCCCGGCAGCAGUGUCUCUAAUCUACCAGCCUGCUGUUGCUGGGUAAUUAAAAACUGACUCUGAGAUAAAACUCUGUCUUAUUUCGGGGGAAACUCGUUGGAUUUGUGGAGAUUCUCGAUCACCACUAGCGUCGCCCCCGGCUAAUUCUCACAUUUUUCGGUGCUAAUGAUUUUCUAAAAGGCUUGAAUAAUAACCUCUGUGGUUAAACUAUUAAUGUAGGUUUAUUUUUAUUUCACACCAGUAUUAAUUUGCUGCAUUUUGAGGCUUGAACUCUGGAUCUAUUUAAAA